AGCAGCCUCCUUUUGCCUAUUUCAGCAAUUUGUUUAUUGCUGGGGUUGUUUCCUCCUGAUGACGGGCACUUGUGUCGCGCCCGAAACGUCGUGAUGUUGUUUAUUUUAAUUUGAUUUUAUACCUACGUGACUGUACCGAAAGAACCAAAGAGUAGGUAAAACAACAUUCAACAUGCCAAAGCCCUUCAGUGCAGAGGACAUGCACAUGGCGUUUGGCAGGAAACUCCCGACAAGCUAUGCUGGUGAUGCCAAAUGACGUCACAAGUCUCGCCCAUCACUUCCCGUCCAGCGGCACACAUUUGGACACAGGGCGGCAUUCGAAAUCGACACCCGCGGUGGCAUCGAGCCACCAAAAGCACACCACCGACACGAGCGACCCUCUGAGCCCACCCCAUCGCUGCACAGCGAGAGACAGAAAGAGAGAGAUACAAAAAAAAAUCGAUGGCCACACAUUUGUGGCCUCUGUGACCCCGCAUGGCACAGUGGGGACGGAGGAGUUAGUGGGGGGGAGGGGCGGGGUUUGGUGUAGCGGCCUCUGUGAUGAUCAACGCAAGAAAGGGGCCGUCCUUGAGGGGUGGCCAGGCAGGCGGUAUCGGGGUUACCGCGCUGCUAUAAUAGUGAGCGCCGUGCCACCGUCCCGCGCUCAUCACCCGUGCCAAGCUCAUCAUCACCCCGUGUCACUGUCAUCAACCCGUGUCACGCUCAUCACCCGUGCCACCCUCAUCAUCACCCCGUGCCACCCUCAUCAUCAACCCGUGUCACUGUCAUCAACCCGUGUCACCCUCAUAACCCGUGUCACGCUCAUCACCCGUGCCACCCUCAUCAUCACCCCGUGCCACCCUCAUCAUCACCCCGUGCCACGCUCAUCACCCCGUGCCACCCUCCUCAACCGCGCCACGCUCAUCAAACCGUGCCAUCCUCAUCAUCACCCGUGCAAACCCUCAUCACCCGCCGUGCCAGGCUCAUCAACCCGUGCCACCGCGUCCGUUCUGUGGGGAGCGGCAUGGAGGUCGCCGAGCGAGGCCUGGAGGCGCCCCUGCCGCUGCUGCUCAGCGACUCGAGUGGCCACUUCUACGUAGUGCCCGAGACGGCACGCAUCGUGGCCGCCAUCGACAAGCCCGUGGUGGUCGUGGCCGUGGUGGGGAAGAUCCGCACGGGCAAGUCGUUCCUCAUGAACCGCCUCGCCGGGUCCAACUCAGGCUUCAUGCUGGGCAGCACCAUCAAGUCGCACACCAAGGGCAUCUGGAUCUGGCCACGCCCGCACCCGCUGGACAAGAAGAGGCAUCUGCUGCUGCUGGACACUGAGGGCCUCGGCGAGGUCAACCAGGAAGGGGACACGGACAACGACCACGACACGUGGCUCUUCGUCAUGACCGUGCUGCUCAGCUCCAUGCUCGUGUACAACACCACGGGGAUCCUGAGCAGGGACGGCUUGGAGCACCUGCGAUUCGUGCUCAACCUCACGGACCACCUGCGUACGGACGCGCGGCAGAACGCCCACGAGCCUGGCUCGGACUUCGGCAGCUACUUCCCCUCGCUGGUGCUAUGCCUGCGAGACUUCACCAUGAAGCUGGAGGUGAACGGCGAGGCGUGCACUUCGGACGACUACAUGGAGCACUUCCUGAAGAUGCGCGUCGACCCUCAGGAGGACGGCCAGGAGGUGAACGCGCAGAGGCAGCUGCUGUGCCAGUACUUCAAGGAGCGCAAGUGCUUCAUGUUCCCUAAGCCCACGGACCUGCGGAGCCUCCUCAACCUGCAGAAGCUGCCGGAUGACAAGCUGGAUGAGCUGUUCAUGGAGACGGCCAACUCCUUCACGGCGUACACCAUCGACACGGCGCGCCUCAAGCACAUCAACGGCGCCGUCUUCUCUGGCCUGGCGCUGGUGCGGCUGGUGGAGGAGUACGUGGGUGCCGAGCGCCGCGGCGCCGUACCGUGCAUUGAGAGUGCCCUGCGCGCCGUUCUCACCACCACCAACCGUGAGGCCAAGCAGGCCGCCAUGACGCUCUACACUGCCAGGAUGGCCCAUGCCAACCUCGAGCUGCCGCUGCCUAUGCAGCUCAUCAACGGGUAUCACCAGGAGGCAGUGGAGCCUGCGGUGUGGCUCUACCACGAGCUUACCAUGCUGGACCGUGACCACCUGCAGGAGAAGGAGCUGCUGGUGGAGCUUACGAGGGAGUACGCGAGGCUGAUCACGCGGAACAGCGAGGUGUCGUGGCAGCGCUGUGAGCGCCGGCUGCUGCAGCUCUACCAGCCCAUCAGGGAGAAGGUGGACCGGCAGGAGCUGCACAAGCCUGGUGGCUACCGCAAGUUCCGAGCCCUCGUCGACAAGGUGCACGACGACUACUACGAGGUGCAGACGCGCGAAGAGGAGCUGGAAAAUGUCUACAAGCUGUUCAUGGACCGCAGAGACAUGGACGGGAAAGUCAUACUCAGGGCCGACAGGAACGUCACCGACGCGGAGAAAAACGAGAUCGUGAGCGACGAGAGGAGCAAGCGCCAGGAACGGGAUCAGAGGGCGACUGCAGAGCGGAACGUUCAGAAUGAGAUCAAGAUGCAGGCCAUCAAGAACGAGACCCAGGUGGCCGAAGAGGCGUUCGUGAGGAAGAGCCACGCCGUCGAGCAGCUGAUAGCGCAGGAUCUGGAGGAGGAGCGCCGGCAGCACAGCCGCAUGCUCAGAAAGUUCAUCCACGAGUUGGAGCCGCUGCUGGAGGAGGCCCUCAACAUGUUCCUGCUGCAGCUGCUGUCGCCCUGAUGGGGUGGCGGGUCGAGGGGUGUGGCCACGCCGCGGCGGGGUGGGGCGACAGCGGUGGUGAUGGCACGGCUUGGAGAAAUGAGCAGCUGCACGGCCUGGGGGCUGACACAUCCACACUCUUCAACGCAUUGCGUCCGUUAACUUUUUUUUUAACGUCACGUUGCGCGCAAAAUUAUUGUAGCCAUUUUAUUGUUCGCGGUUACGACGACGCCCGUCCGUCCACCGCCGCCGUUGUGGGUCGGUUCUUGGCGCCACCGGAAUUCGAUUCCAUCUCCCGAUGGCGCGGGGAUUAGAAACGAUGGGGUAAGGGGGUGGGAUCAGCGAGUUCCUUAUACAGAUGCCCUCUCCUCUGCCCACCCCAGCGGUGUGAAUGGGCACGCUACGGUGCGGUGGGUUUAAGCGUGGGUAACUGUCGCCUCUGACCAGCAUGGCAGAGUACGCCAAUUGCCCCCUCUGGGCCACACAGCAGAGGGCACCGCUAUGCCGCCUUCUCUGCCACAUGAGAGCAACGUUUGCGAGAUGACGAUCGAACCGAUAUAUUUCAUUAUCCGAGAUGAAAUUCAGACAAAUUAAGUGCGGAACCCGAUUAUAAAGAGAUCGCGGUUUUUUUUUUGGUCACGUAUUUUUUUUAUUUUUAUUCAAGGUUCCAGUCAUUGACGAUCGGGCUGAGACCAAUCCCCUCGAUUGCCCCCAUUUCGAGAACCCAGUUUGAAACACGGGUCGGCCGAAAAACCCAGCGACCUGAACCGCCCAGGGCCUCUCCGUGGUGGCACCAACCCGGUACCCUCUCUGACCUCUGACCUCCGAGCCACGCACGGGGGAAGGUGAAAGUGGGCAAUCAGCCCUUGCAACUCAGCGUGGCUGGCGUCGUGUUAUCAUCAUCAUCAUUAUUAUUAUUUUGGCUCGUGAAACAUCGUACCGGAUGCACGGGUGUUUUUUUUUCUGUGUGUGUUGUUGUUGUUGUUUGUUGUGGCGCAAUAGUUAUUUGACAGCGUGUAUCGUAUUUAUUCCUGCAGUGUGCCGUGUCCGCUUUGAAUCCCGGCUGCGGCUGCUGCUGCUGCUGCACCCCGUGACCGAAUGUUGGGUUGGAGAGGAGGAACGAGGCGGCGUUGUUGGGAGACCACGGAAUGAUCGCGCGGGUGUUUUUGUUUUGUUGUUGCGACGAUGUGAAGGGCAAUCAACCGAGAACGGCAAGCGAAGGAGUUCAUUAGCAUCAUCGCCGUCGUAGUAGUAAUGAAAAUUAUUGUGUUAGCAUUUACAGGACGUUGCUUUGGUUCCACCACGGUGGCGAGAUGGUCGAUACCUCGCCCGGUAUACAGGAGGGUCGUGGAUUCAAUCCCCAUCUGGGCGCCGGUAUAUUUAGAGUUUGCGCAUCUCUCUCCGCCCGUGGUCGCGUGGAUUU